CCUAUUUUAUUUUACCAAAAUCCCACACACUCAACAUGGCGCCGCCCAACACCUCCACUCGCCACCAUUCAACAACCCACUGGUUAUCAUCUUCUAUAUAUGUGUGUAAUUCAUCGAUUUUGAAUUCCAAUUCCCAAUUCAACAAACCCACAUCACAAAAUGGCCGCAAUCUUAAACAGACUUUCAAAAUCAUACACCACCGUCACAAAACACACUUUCAAAAUCUCCGGCAGUGUUCGGUGUAUGAGCAACGUACCGGAAAACACCGUGUACGGUGGCCCAAAGCCUCAAAACCCUGACCAAAGAGUGACGUUGACUACUUUACGCACAAAGCAUAGAAAAGGGGAGGCGAUAACGAUGGUCACGGCUUACGAUUACCCGUCGGCGGUCCAUUUGGAUUCAGCCGGAAUUGAUAUCGCACUGGUCGGAGAUUCGGCGUCCAUGGUGGUUCACGGUCACGACACCACCUUGCCCAUCACGUUGGAGGAGAUGCUGGUUCAUUGUCGAGCGGUUGCUAGAGGGGCUAAACGCCCGUUGCUUGUUGGGGAUCUUGCUUUUGGUACUUAUGAAUCUAGUUCUCAACAGGCGGUUGAUACAGCAGUCAGGGUACUGAAAGAAGGUGGAAUGGAUGCAAUCAAAUUGGAAGGGGGUGCACCGUCAAGGAUUUCGGCUGCAAAACACAUCGUUGAAUCUGGAAUUGCAGUUAUGGGGCAUGUAGGGUUGACCCCUCAAGCCAUUAGUGUUCUUGGUGGAUUUAGACCUCAAGGGAGGAAUGUUCUCAGUGCUGUCAAGGUUGUGGAGACAGCACUAGCGUUACAAGAAGCCGGGUGCUUUUCUGUUGUUCUUGAAUGUGUUCCUGCACCGGUGGCUGCAGCUGCCACUUCUGUUCUUCAAAUACCCACCAUCGGUAUUGGGGCGGGCCCGUUUUGCAGUGGACAGGUCCUUGUUUACCAUGAUCUCUUGGGAAUGAUGCAACAUCCACAUCAUGCAAAGGUUACCCCAAAGUUCUGUAAGCAGUUUGCUCAAAUAGGUGAAGGGAUAAACAAAGCUUUAUCAGAGUAUAAGCAAGAAGUCGAAAACCGCUCAUUUCCAGGGGUGGCGUACAGCCCUUACAAAAUCAAUCCAGCGGAGGUUGAGGGGUUUUCAAAAGAAUUACAAAAGAUGGGGUUGGAUAAGGCGGCAGCCGCUGCGGCAGAGGCGGCUGACAAAUUUGAGACCGGUAAGAAGAUAUAAACAAUAUUGGAAUCAGGAUAGCACAGUAUUUAUAUUAUUCAAUAAGUUAGAUUUAUAAAAUAGUAUCAUGUUAGCUUUCUUGCAUUGUCUUUUGUAACGUGCCGAUUGGGUUAAAAUGUUUGGGGGUGGCCCACGAACAUUUCUCGACCUUUUUGACUAUGUUUGACUCAAACUCGACUCGUUAGAGACAACGCAUAACUCAUAUCGGGUCGAUUUUAACUUCAACAUGCUAUACAAUUAUUACA